UGUGUUUUCUCUGUUUUUCUCUUACGUAAUGCAUGUUCUAGCGACACAGCUGCUCGACUGAAACCUCCGCCUUUAGACAUCAGUUACGUCAACACUAAGAAUAAUAUGAUAAAAGCGGAGAGAAGGUUGCUGGCUACACUAGGAUUUGUUGUUCAUGUGAAGCAUCCGCAUAAAUUGAUAUGUGCCUAUUGUUUCGUCUUGCGAGCUCAUCAUCGUACUGACCUCAUCCAAAGAGCAUGGACCUACAUGAAUGAUGGCUUGAGAACGGACAUGUUCGUGCGGUACUCACCGGAAACUAUUGCAUGUGCUUGUAUUUUUUUGGCAUCUCGUACUGUCCAUCCACAAGUGCCCCUCCCUGACAAACCUAGGAAUUGGUACGAACUUUUCGAUGCAUCUGAUACUGAUGUUCACACGAUAGCCAUGAUGCUCUUGAACAUGUAUGCUAACCAAAAGGCCGUGAGCUGGAGAGAAAUGGAUGAAAAGAUCGAGAAGUUACGGUCAAAGAUUGAAGCAGAGCAGAAGGCAGCGAAAGCUCAGCUAGUAGCUCAGAAACUUGCUGUCGAGAAGAAGAAGGCCGACGAAGAUUCUGGUCGUGAAGAUACGAAGAAACGCCGAGGCAAGAGUAGAAGUCGAUCGCGAUCGAAGUCGCGAUCUCGCAGUCCAAGGCGAAGCAAGUACUCGCCCAGUCAACGACGACGAGAGACACCUGAGAAGAAUGGAAGAAACAAAGCUCGUGGGGGAAAAGGUGGCCGAGAAGAUAGACGGGACAGAGAUAGGCGAGACGAUCGACGUGACGACAAACGGAGACGAAGUAGGAGUCGAAGCAAAAGCCGAGAACGAUAUUCAGAUCGUGACCGAGAGCGAGUAAAGGAGCGGAGUAAGAUACGUGAACGAGAAGUCUACCAAUCGCUUGGUAAACGACCUCGCCCGCGUUCACCGUCACCUCCAGCACGAUUCCGAAAGUGA